UGACUUAUGUACGAUCAUUUAUAUUUUUUGUUCUAGUCAGUAGUCAGUACUCAGGUGUAGUGUUUUUUAUUAUUUACGUGAUUUAUUAAUUAGGUUUGAGAGAAAUGUCUAAUGAAAAUACCUUAGACUUACAAUAUGUGUACGAUAGUUUCCAAAAGAGCUUAAAGGACGACGACGAUGUGAUAAUAGAAGGAUAUAUAGACGGUUACAACGAGCUUGUAAAGUUUUUGAAUCUCAUUGGAUCGGUGUUUUCGUUUGUAAGCAGCGAUGUUAAGAGUAAAAUUAAAAUUAUGGAAAAGCACAAAACAGGAGAGGAUUCCUUAUAUUAUGAAUCGUUUAAAAAAAUGAUGAAGUAUGAAAAGGAAACGAGCUUACACGAAAAGAAUGGUUUCACGUCCGGCUCGCGAACAAUGCUACGUUUGCAUAGAGGUUUAGAUUUUAUACGACUCUUCCUUAAGCGUCUGAGUGAUGCAGAGGAGUGUGUGAACACAUGCACUACUUGUCAGGCCUCUUACAACGAGACACUAGCGGAAUUUCAUCCCUGGUACAUAAGAAAAGCAGCCACACUGGCAAUGCAUGCGCUGCCUUCUAGGACAGAUUUAUUAUAUAAGAUUUUUGGCUCUGAAGACAAGUUAAAGGAGGCGAUGACGAUUCUGCCUCAAACAUUAGAAUCGUGUGACGAAGUUUACAAGCGCGUUGAGCAACUCUACACAGACUUCGACUUUCACGGUUUGCCCUAGACCAGUGGUUCUCAAUCUUUAGUCUGUGGAACAUUAGUUUUUAAAAGAAAUAAAAGUAUCACAGUGUUCCUCGGCUUCAUAAAGGUGGAGAACCACUGUCGUAAGGAUGGAUAACGUUACUGCCAAAAGUAUAAGAAUAUUCAUGUCUUAGCUCAAUACCAGCUCGCAUAGUUCUUUUCAAUUGAUAUAUAAUUAUUAUUAUAUAAAUCAAUUUAUUUAUUUAACUAUUAACAGUAAUAUAACACGAUAAAUAACUCUAUUGGUCGACCAAUAUUUAAUUAAUUGAUUUCAAUGGAAUCAAAGUAUUCACGAAAAUUGUACACCAAUUGUUUAGUUGAAAUCAAUUAUAAUAAAUGUAUGUAUGUUAAUUAAAUCAAGUAAUAUUUUAAUGUCAAGGUGAUCAGGUUCAAAACAGCUCAAGAGAUAUUUUGAAUAGGUCAGCGAAAUUUAAUUUUAAUUUAAAAAUAUAAUUCUUAUAUUAUGAAUAAAAUUAACAAUUUAUUGAUAUUUUGACCAAAGACAUCACGUAUUAUCUAUGCUUGAAAGAUUAAAAAGCAUACAAAAUUAUCAUCAAUCAGUCAAAUAUAACUUGAGAUUAUGAAUAAUAUAUAAUAAAUAUUUACUUUUUCAUAUAUCAUAAGAUAUUCUAUUGUUUUGCAAUAGUUUUAAAUACCAAAACAUUAUUGAAAGCAUUUAUUGUGUUCCUAAAUUAUGGAAAUUUGAAUAGCGCCAUCUAUCGGUUAUCAGUAUCAACUCUUUUGAAAUUUGAUUGUUAUUCUGCCUAGAGAUGAAAACAUGCAAGCACAUCAUACUAACAAACUCAAAAUAGAAGUAAGAACCAAAGGCACGGACGAUAUGUCGUUUCUACUGUUCUCCUUCUCUUUCUCUCGUUAAUCUGUUGUCUGAUUUCAUUUGUUGUAUUGUCGGUGCAAGAGUAAUAACAUCUAUAUUUCCAAUAUUGGCGGCGCAUUGGCAAUGUAAGAAAUGGUUAAUAUGGCGAGUGGCGUUUAAACGACAACGUUCAGUUUAUAGCGAAUGUUAUUUGCUGUCUCGACUUUCGUGAGGUUUUCUCUAAAAACCAAUCGUUCCAUCCAUUGCAGACGGAACGACUAUGGUAACAUCACAGUGGGAAAUCGUCCUAAUUUGAAUAGAACAGAACUUACUACCUAUUUAUAUAGAACAGAACUUAAUACCUAUUACUUACUAAGUAUUUUUUACCGAUACAGUAUUUGCAAUAAAUUCCGCUUACCCCAUUAAAUAAAAAUAAGUAGAUGAUUGAUUAUCAAAAAAAAAAACAUGACUUUUAACUUGUAAUGAAAAUUUCUUUUGAUUUAUUUUUAAACAGAUUUCUAUCUAAUAUUAAAAAGAUUAAAGAGACAUGUUAAUGAUAACAACGUCUUAUCAAAUUAUAAUUAUUAUCACUGAAUAACAGUUGACAGACACGUCGCUUAUUUUUAAUUGAUACACGUCAUUUAAAUAUAGCAAACAUUGUCUGACGCGGUACUUCCCGGUCAGGGUUUUCCAUGGCAGUAAACUGAAUCACUAAAAAACUUUACAUAAUUAAAAAAUAAUUUAAGAAUUUUGCAUAAUUUUUGGCACUUUUAUAAAAUGAAUAAUUUAAUUCAUAUUGCUUAUUUAACUUUAGUCGCCUUAUAAUCAUAUUUGAAAGAAAAAAAAAAGAGACCAUAGAUUAUAGAUACGCUAUAUGCAUCCUUUUUAAAUCAAAAUUAUUAUUAUGUAAAUGAUUUUUUUAUUAUAUGUUUAGGGUUAUUUUAUUUGAGAAUCAAGUGAAGUGAUUUAAAUCAUUUUAAUAUAUUCGAUAUUAUCUUUAUUGAAUCGAUACAUCGGAAUCUAUCUGAUUGAUUUGAAGUUUUAGAUAGUGGUGCCCUUGCGUGAAGGUCUCUGGCUUAGUACAAAAAGGGGGCGUGUCAAAAUGAAUAGCUUUUUGAAAUAAUAAUAAUGAGGUAAUGAAAUGUCAGCCAUUAGCUAGCUCUUAUUAAAAAUGUAUAAGACGCAGGCCAAAAAAAAAAAAAACACUUAUUAUUAUUUUUUAUAUAAUUUAAAUAAAAAUACGAUAUAUAUAAGCAAAGUUACAUAUAUGUAUUAUAAUAAGUAGUAUUUAAAUUAAAUUAAAAUGAAACAUACCUAAAUAUAAGGCAACCUGUAGAGCUGUGUGCUUUUGUAUAAAUUAUAUUUGUAAUAUAGAUGUUUAAGUGAUCUCGUAGAAGAGCCGUAAAGCUUUAUAUAUAAGGAUAAUAUAUAUGUGAAACAUAUAUUUAUAAAUAAGCUAUUAUAUAUAAUAAGUAAAUAAUAAAAUUUAUGUGAAUAGAUGGUUUUUAUAGAGCGACAAAUCACCAAGUCGAAAAAACAAACUAUAUUGAGUUACAAAUGUCAUAAAACUCGCCUAUUUUUCUUUUAUUUUCUAUCUUAUUGCAAUGUUAAUAUGGUUCUUAAUGUUUAAGCCCUGAAACUUGAACGAAAUCGUUUUCAUUUAUUCAAUUAUGUUUCGACUACUUAAAUUCAGUAAGUAUUUUUACUUGUAAAUAAGUUAACUCAAUUUUUCAUUACUCCAACAUAAAAUUAAUACAAACAUUCGAAGUACAUCAAAUUUGUUUCACAAUGGGAGAAUAAUUUACCCGAUAGAGAUUAUUAACUUACGAACUAAUUACUUCAGUUAUGCAAAAUAAAAAAAAAAAACUAACGUUAAGAUUUUUUCACUAAUAAAGUAUUCGUUUUUAAAUGAUAUCUUCAUAAAUGAAUAUAUUACAAAGGCUUUUUAAUUUUUAACUUAUUGAUUUUUCGCUCUAUUGGAAUGUAAUAUUGAAAUGUAUGCAGUGGCGUAGCUAUCGUAGGGCCAGGUGGUGCAGUGCACCAGGGUCCCGGAGUUAAGGGGGCCCUCUAACCUAAGCUUUGAAUAGAUAUGACAUAUGGAUUUAGCCUGCUAAUGUUCGUCUCAAUGUAUCCUUUAUUCUAUUUUUAUUCCUAUCUAUAAUUUUGAAGCGCAAUAUUAGUUAAAGAGAGGGUGAGGGCCCGUUUCUUUUUCUAUGCACCGGGGCCCUUGUCCACCUAGCUACGCCACUGAAUGUAUGGAUAAACAAUUAAUAAUAAUUGAGCUCAACUUUGUAAUCUUUGCUCAGUUGUUGUUUAUACAAUCGGCUUCAAAAGAUAUUCACAUUUUAUCACACUUGUAUUUGUAUAAAUAUUUUUAUAAACGACUGUACAUCGUUUUUUUAGAAAGUAAAUUGUUCACUGGCUUACCACUUUUAAUAUAUUAACAAAGACGGUUAGGUAUUUAAAAUGAAUAUAAAUCCCAACAGAGAAAUUGUUUUUACAUAACUUGUAGUCUGUGGUAAUCAAGUUGAAUUGAAAAGAAAAUUUAUUGUAUUUAUAAACCAGGUCAUUUUGAAGUGGUCUCAUAAUAAAAUAGAAUAAUAUCUGUAUUUAAAUAAACUUAUUAAGAGUGCUGUACAUUAUAACUGAAUAUUAUAAUAACGUAUAAUAACUCAAUAUUGGUGACGUAUAAUUAUUAUAAAUUAUCAAUAAUUAAAUUAAUUUCAAAACCUUUAAAUACCAAAAACCUGACCGUCUUAUCAAAUCUAACGGGACUGAGCCUAUACACAAUCCACGUUGAACUAGAUUAUAGCUAUACAUAAUCCUAGCUUGUUAAUUUAAACAUGAGGCGCUAUUAUUACUUAAUCUAACGUAAUUUUCAUAAUAAAAUUUAGUAGAUAUAACAUUUCCUAUUUUUCCAACUUUGUAGUUUAAGCUUAAACAUUCCCAAACCAUUCCUAAUAAUUGG